GAGGUGGAUCGACUGGAGCAGCUCCAGAGCAAACUCCAGACCUACUCAAUGUUUGGAUUGCCAAAGGUGCCACGGCAGCUCUCCUUCCACCAGGACUCCUGGGAGGGGGAGGGGGAGGAGGAGAUCGACCUAUCCCUAGAGGACAGCUGGCAAACGCUACUGGACAACUCAGAGACGCUGACAAGACGCCAGUUCCACCAGCAGGAAGCAAUAUGGGAGCUGCUGCACACAGAGGCUACCUACAUAAAGAAACUCCGAGUCAUCACUGAUGUAAGUGCAAAGAAUGCUUUUGUUGUCUCUUCACGCAUAUCUAAAUUGCCUACUGU